UAAAAAUUUUGUUUUCUUCUAUUCAAAAAUCUUUAUGAAGAAUUAAAAAUAAAAAAAUUUUGUAUAUUAAAUAUUGGAAAAUUUAAUUAAAUUUUAAUAAGUGCUUGGUGAUUUGAAAAGCUUUUUAGAAUAUGGUAAAUUAAGAAAAAAAAAAUCUUCAAAGAAAGAAGAAAAAAAAAUAUAAAAGAAAGACUUAUAGUAAAGGAAAAAUAAAUACGUAGAAUAAACGCAUACAAUUAUAUAUAUACAUAUAUAUAUAUAAAUAUAUAUGUAUAUUAGGAUUUAAAUAAAAAAAAAAUAGAAAUAUUAUAAAAAAAAUAAAUACGAAAAACCAAAAAUAAAAAAUAAAAAACAAACAUAUGACUGCCGAUUCUGAUUUUGACGCAGUUUCGUCUGAUAAUUUUAUAUCAAGCAAUUUAAUGGAGGAUCCAAUUUCGUUAAAUAAUUGUUUCCAUUUAAAUGGAAUAUUUAAUAAAGGAUUCGAGAGAGAUACAACAACAACAACUGCAACGACAACAAAUGUAUUCGAUUUAUUUUCUGAUCAAAAAAGAAAUUAUUGGCAUACAAAUUUUCGUAAUGAAAAUUUUGAUAAUACAUUUGGUACAACUAACUUUAUGCCAAUUAGAUCAUAUAGUGAUCCAGAAAUAUUAAAACAUGAACAAAAAAAUCCUCACAGGGAAAUACAAAAAGCAACAUCAUAUUCUCCAACGAGUUUUAUAACAAACUCUUUAUUACCUAGCUUUAAUGAAACAUAUUCUUUGAAAAAUAUUGGUGAAAAAUCAUUACCUACUCCAAUAAAUAAUAAUUUUAUGUGUAAUAAUGACAACAAUAGCAUAAAUAGCAAUAAUAAUAAUAAUAUCAGUAACAAUAAUAAUAACAAUGCUAAUAAUCAGAAUAUAAUGCAAAAUCAUCAUCAAUCUGUAACAGCAAUUACAAAUUGCUCAGAUCAAUUACAUACAACUAAUGAUUUUAAUGAAGAAAUUGAAGAAUUUUAUUCAUCAUAUCAAACUCAACAGCUCAUGCCUAGUGAUACAACAUUUGAUCGCUUCUCUUUAUCAAACUUUUCUGUUACAUCUGAAAAUGAAACUAUUACCGCUUCUUGUCCAAGCUUCGAUAAUAAAAUUUUAAAUGGGCCAAUUAUUAAUGAUAAUUGCAAAGAUAUAAUUGAAUUAACUUCAGCACCAUCAAAAUGUGUUAAUAAAACAGAAAUUAUUUCACCAGUUCCUGAUACUGAAAUAAAUUCAUCACAAUAUACAAAUUUGCAAGAGAGCAAUUUAAGCAGUACUAAAUAUUCAUUACAUUGUGCAGUAUGUGGUGAUAAGGCAGCAUGUCAACAUUACGGUGUACGUACGUGUGAAGGUUGCAAAGGAUUUUUUAAACGAACUGUUCAAAAAAGUUCAAAAUAUGUUUGUUUAGCAAACAGAAACUGCCCAGUCGAUAAAAGGAGGCGCAAUAGGUGUCAAUUUUGUCGCUUUCAAAAAUGUUUAUCUGUUGGAAUGGUAAGAGAAGUUGUACGCACAGAUUCUUUAAAAGGUAGAAGGGGCCGAUUGCCAUCAAAACAAAAUAUGGAAAUUCCAUCAAGAUCACCGAUAUCAAUGUUAUCAGCAUUGGCUAAAGCAUAUAUUGACAGUAAUCCAAAUUUUUCGCAAAUGGAUUAUAGUAAAUAUCAACCAGAUGAAUUUAUGUCAGAUGAUGAAAUUAAUGAAGCUGAAUAUGUUAAACAAUUUUAUGAUUUAGUUGCUAAAUCAGUUGACAUUAUAAAAAUAUUUAAGGAUAAAAUACCAGGUUAUUCAAACUUAUGUCAACAUGAUCAAGAUUUAUUAUUUCAAUCUGCAUCACUUGAAUUAUUUGUUUUAAGAUUAUCAUAUAGAAUAAAACCAGAUGAUAAUAAUUUAACAUUUUGUAACGGAAUGGUGCUAUCAAAAAAUCAAUGUCAACAAUCAUUUGGUGAUUGGUUAAAUGGCAUACUUGAAUUUAGUAAAAGUAUACAUGAAUUAGACAUGGACAUAUCAUCGUUUGCUUGUCUUUGUGCUCUCACUUUAGUUACAGAGCGACAUGGUUUACGAGAACCAAAGAAAGUUGAACAAUUACAGAUGCGUAUUAUUAACAGUUUAAGGGAUCAUAUUACAUAUAAUACAGAUGCACAGAAAAAACCACAGUAUUUUAGUAGAUUAUUAGGAAAACUUCCCGAACUUAGAUCUUUAAGUUUACAAGGAUUACAGCGGAUAUUUUAUCUUAAGCUAGAAGACUUAAUUCCUCCACCUACACUUAUUGAGAACAUGUUUGUUUCCAGCCUCCCGUUUUAAAUUAAAUAUACAUACAUAUAAAGUAAUUAUAUGUAAUUAAUAAUUAAUAGUUAUUAAUUCAAAAGAAAAAAUUUAAUAUUUUAUAUAUGUACAUGUACACAAAUUGUACCCAUAUAUGUAUAUGAUGU